AAAGAUGAGAACUGCUCUGUAUUGCGGGGAAGGGGGAACAAAAGGGUUGUUCAAAUCCUACAAGAACCUUCACUUCUCUUGAGCUGGCCAUUUUAUGAGAGUACUGGUUAUAUAUUACCAAACAAAGUUCUACUUGAGAUCGCCAAGCAGAUGCCUCUAACAACUGGCAAGUUGCAUCUUGUACUAAAACUGAAGCACCAAUAUAUUGAACUGGCAAGUUGCAAAAUGUUGCUGCUUUUGAAGCUGUUGCGCAGCAAUUAAAGGAAUUGGCCAUGGAAAUGAUGGUUUCAAGUUCAAGGAAUUUAAGAAAUUUGAGAAUUGUGACUGAAUCCGAUGUGCAAGAUGGUUUUCAACAAGGACAUCUAUCCUCUCAACAUGAUGAAGGGUCUACUAACAGGAUAGGUACAUUGGUAG